AUGGAAUUUCGGAGUUUGUGCGAAAAUCCGACGCUCAAUCCCAGUACUGCCACCAGUUCAGGUAUCUUCUUCGAUAACCCAACACCCCAGACGUUUGUAAUGAAUGACACCCACGUUAAGUCCCCCAACGGCAAUUGUCUCUCAAAAUCCACGGGACCCACCUCAGCUACGGAGUUAAUCAAGCAUGCUUUUUUGGAGGCGGGUUCAGUGUGCAAGUCGCACAACAGUUCCAUCAUCGAGAUCGAUUCUCAGGUAAGCCUCCCACCCAGCUUCAUCCGCAGCUGGUCUGCGGGACAGGUGGUCAAAUGGCUCACAGAAUGCAACCUUUCCAAGUUCAAUGAGGCCCUCGAAGGCUUGGACGGCUGUUUGCUGUGGGAGCUAGCUCGCCAGAGAAUUGUCGCACCAGAGAGUUUUUGUGUCCAACUGCGUUCGGAGCUCGGCAUGUCCAUUAUUGAGUUUCUGCGCCUCAGUCAUGCCCUUUCCCACCAUUCGGAUUUGCAUGAAGAUUAA